AUGGCCUCUUCAUCGAGCUACGGGCUGCCUCGGCCGCCGGAUGAUUAUGGAGCCGGAUGUCCAAGAUGGAUGGAUCCGGAGGGAAAGCACGGAAAAGUUAUUGUACUCUCUCUCAAAGCAGCAAAUGACAAUGUUCUUCCGAAGAAUCAUCCCUUCAUAGUUGGAAAGUCGAUCCAAUCUUUGAUUGGUGAUGCCUACACUGCAGUCACGGAAGCAAGAGGAACGAAAUACAUCGUCAAAGUACGAAAUCAAGCGCAUGCCAACAAGUUGUUUGGUAUGCAAAGUUUGUUUGACGGUACGCCAGUUGAAAUAACAGUUCAUCCUACACUCAACUACAGCAGAUGUAUUGUUAGCUGUCCUGAAGUUUUGGAAAUGACGCAGGAGGAGCUGCAGGCUGAACUGGCACCUCAAGGGGUAACAUCGGUGCGACGUCUGACGAAAACGAUCGAUAAAAUGAGAGUUAACACCCCAACCUUGGUUUUGACCUUAACUGGAACAACCUGGCCUCAGUUCAUCUAUUUUGGUGCGCUGAGAGUGCCAACGCGGAUCUAUUUUCCCGCUCCGAUGCUGUGUUAUGGUUGCCUUGAAUAUGGACACACCAGAAUUCGCUGCCAGAAUCCUUCCCGAUGCCAGAACUGUUCAUCUCCAGAUCACAAAUCCGAAGACUGCACAGAAAAAAGCCAAUUGCUUCCAUUGCAAACAAGAGCAUAA